AUAUCUUCAGACACAGACAGGCAGGCAGGCAAAAGAGGAAGAGGGAUAUUUUGUUUCUCCAGGGCUUUGACAAGAAGGACUUCAGUUGUGUUACAGAAAAAGUGCUGGUUAUAGGGUUACCAUGGAAACCAGGAUGGUUAUGCAGAAAGAGCAGGAGGAGCAGUCUUCCCAGAUGUCUCACAGCAUGCAACUGUCCUCCCAGAUCAAGAAGAGGACCUUUACUUCCAGUGAUGAGGACGCAUCCUACUCUGAUUUUUAUCCCAUCAUCCCCGCUGACCUGAUGUCCGUCAAAGAGAUACUGAACAUGGAUAACAUCCCCCGGCACAGGACAUGGGAAAUUCUGAAGGAGACACUGGCUGCUGAAGAAGAGUAUCACAGAGACAAAUGGACACUGUUUGGAAACGAGGUUGAAAAGGUGGAGAUUGAUGUGAUCAGGAACCAGCAUUUGUUACGCACUCGAACUGACAAAAUGGCCCUUCGCAGACAGGCAGAAAAGAAGGCAUCUGACCAUAUGAAAUACCUGCAGCGUCUGAGUCAGAAGGUUCCAGACUUUCCAAUCCCUCUCAGAGCUCAUACCGUAUGGGAGGGCAUGACAGUCAAACUCUCCUGCACCAUCGUGGGAUGCCCACCCCCGAAGGUCACAUGGUACAAAGACGGAGUUCCACUGAGAAUGUCUGACCAACCAUGGAAUUACAGCCUUCAACAAAAAUACGGUCUUAACUCACUGGAGAUCAGAAGGUGCUCUCCCGAUGAUGCUGGCAAGUAUAAAGUGGUGGCCAAGAAUUUUCUGGGUGAAGCUACAACCUUUGCAACAUUAGUGGUCAAAUCAUAUCAAGGAGCCGCGGCCGGUUCAGAGAGCUGGCAGACACCCGGGCUGAAAAUGGGGCAGGAAGUCUACUUUGACACUUGCUUCCCUCCAACAUGGGUGAGGGAAGGUGACAGCCUCACCCUGCAGUGCUUCUUCACCUCAGCUCUGCUGCCUUUUCAGGAUGUCAGUUGGUUCAGAGAUGGUAAACAGCUGCAUCAGUCCAGCACUGUGGACAUACACACAGUUGACAACAACGCUUCUUUCACUUUAAGGCCUGCCCACAAAGAGCAUGAAGGUGUAUACACCAUUCGGUUGAAGACCUUUGACGUUACCCAGGAACACAGUGCUUUUGUCUAUGUCAAAGAUGCUUCAGCUGCAGUGGUUGGAGGUCCUGCGUCUCCUCUGGCAGUGCACGUGUCUGACGUCAACAAGGACUACGUCUUCCUCACCUGGCAGCCCCCCAGUGCUGAUGGGGACUCCCCUGUGGAGGGUUACUUUGUAGAGAGAUUUGCUCUAGGUCAAGGCGAGUGGGUGCGCUGCAACGUGCAUAUUCAGAAAACUUGUCACUACCCAGUGUUUGGACUCAAGGAAGGAGUUUGGUACCAGUUCAGAGUGCAUGCUGUAAAUAAAGCUGGAGCGGGACGUCCGUCCAAGGCCACAGAGCCCGUCCUCACUGCAGACCCCCAGGACCACACCAGGACCACAGUGGUCAAGGUGGGCAGAGGAAGGACCAUCACCAUUACAAAAGAUGAUCUGGAAGGUCAGAUUAAAGCUCCUCUCCCUCCCACAAAUGUUCACACCUGCGAGGUGAGCGACACCUACGUGGUGCUGAGCUGGACCGAGCCUGAACCCAGAGGCAGGGAGCCGCUCAACUUCUAUGUGGAGCGGUCACUGGCAGGAACAAACAGCUGGGAGAUGGCCAGUCUGGAGAUAGUGGUAAACUCUCCCAGGUUCCCAGUGUUUGACCUGGUCAAGGGCAAACAGUACUGCUUCAGAGUGCGCGCCAUCAACAAGUACGGUGUCAGUGACCCCUCUGACCCGAGUGGACCAAUCUCCUUGGGAAAGCCGCAAGCUGUGCCAGCUUGUCCUCACUCCGUGUUGGCCUUCAGAGACACAGACACAUCAGUGCUGCUGCAGUGGCAGGAGCCCAAAGACAAAGACAGCAUUCUGGGAUACUACCUGUACUACAGUGAGGCUGACAAACACGAGUGGAAAACUGUUAACAACAAGCCUCUAACCAAAACCAGGUUUACCGUCCACGGUCUCAAGACACGGAAAGAAUAUGUGUUUCGGGUGAAGGCUGUGAGCCAAGCAGGAAACAGCAAAUACUCAGAGCAGUCUCAGCCCAUCCUCGUCAAAUCAGCUAUUUGUGUUCCCUCUGCUCCCUCUGCCAUUGCCCUGCUGUUGUGCACUGGGUCAGAGAUGGUGCUGGGAUGGAGGGCUCCUUCCUAUAGUGGGGGAAGUUCUGUUCGCGGUUACUAUUUGGACCAGAGUGAAGUCGGCGAGGACACAUGGAGAGAAGUCAACAUCAAGGCUGUGAAAGAGAGGCAGUUUAAAGUUUGUGGCCUGAAAAGUGGGCACAUGUACCAGUUUCGUGUGUUUGCUGCCAACAUAGCUGGCGUUGGGAAUCCCUCUGAGGCCAGCCAAGCUUUCCUGUGUGAGAAGUGGACGAUGCCAGAGCCAGGUUGUCCCUAUGACCUGGAGUUCAGGGAAGUGAGAGACAACUCAGUGGUGCUGAUGUGGGAGGCUCCGCUGUAUGAAGGACAAAGUCCCGUCAUAGGCUACUUCCUGGAAAUCAGUCAGGGUGACCAAUCAGAUGACUGGACGGCUUUAAAUGACGAGCCAAUAUCUGACAAGCGUUACAAAGUGUCAGAUCUUCAGGCAGGUCAGACCUACCGUUUCCGAGUAUCUGCUUCUAAUGAGUCUGGAGUGGGCUGUGCCUCGCUGCCCUCAGAACCAGUCACAGCUCAAACUAAACAAGGCACUAAAAACAUCGAGAUUGGCGUGGAUGAUGACGGCUUCAUAUUCUUGGGUUAUGAGGCUGAUGAGAUGAAUGAGGAGAGCGAGUUCCUCUGGAGCAAAGACUACACAGAGCCCGUCGAUGCAGAGAGAGCCCGAGCACAAACCACCGACAACAAGUCAGCCCUCACCUUCAGUGAUCCCUCAGAGGAGGAUCUGGGUCUCUACACAGUAGAAAUGAGCGACAACUCUAACCUGUCGUCCAGCUACGACUUUACUGCCGAAGACCUUGAACGACUCAAAGAACUCAGCUGGCAAGUUAGACAUCCACUGAUCGCUCUGAAGACUGGCUGGCACGUGGACGUGUCCGAGAAAGGUGAUGUUCGUCUUUGGCUUCAAACUGAGAGUCUGAGUAAGGACGCUGAGCUCCGUCUCAUCUUCAACGACCGUGAGAUCUCCAGCAGUCCGCACCGUAAAAUCAGUUUGGACAAGGCCAAAGGUUUGGUGGAGAUAGUGUUUGAUCAGCUCUGUCAGGAGGACGAGGGCUCGUACACGGCACAGCUGAGAGACGGCCGCGCCAAGAACCAGUUCACUUUGGUGUUUGUGGAUCAAAAUUUCCGUGAGACGCUGGCGUUGGCUGACGCAAAGCGACGUGACCAUCAGAGGAAAUUUGGACCUUAUUUCCAAGAAUUCUUGUCAUGGAGUAUAAAUGAAGACUGUGAACUCAUAAUUAAGUGCAAGGUGACAAAUACAAACAAGGAAUCGUCUCUCAAGUGGUUUAAAGAAGGUGCAGAAGUGACCGAGGUUGUGUACGAGCAGUCGUCCGGGGUCAGCACGCUGACCAUUCCACAGGUCACAAAGAAAGUGGCAGGCUCGUACAGGACUGUGGUGUCAGAUAAGAGAGGAGAGGACGUGAGCAGCUUGCAGUUGCUGGAUAAUGAGUAUGACAAGCUUCUGCAACAGCUAAGUAAACAAUGCGCUUUGUCAGCUGGUCCACUGAGCAUUCAGAGCACCGCUGAAGGUUUCAAGCUCUACUGCUCACUCAAAUACUACACAAGCUAUAUGAAGACCAGCUGGCACUUCAAGGAGAAGAGGAUUGACCAGGAGGGGAGGACAAAGUCUGGGAGCAGCAUGCAAAUGGUCUGGAUUGAUAUCCCUAACCCAACAGAUAAUGAUAAAGGAAAAUACACUUUGGAGAUGUUUGACGGCAAAGAGACACACAAACGGUUUCUUGACGUGUCUGGACAAAUCUUUGCUGACGCCCUGCUGGAGCACCAGAGGUUGAAGCAGGCCGCUAUUGCUGAAAAAAAUCGGGCUAAAGUAACGAAAGGUCUUCCUGAUGUGGUCGCUAUCAUGGAAGGGAAGUCUCUGUGUCUGACAUGCUUCAUCGAAGGUGAACCGGCCCCAGAGAUCAGAUGGCUCCGUAAUGACAAGGAGAUUGUUCAUGGAAACCAGUUCACCAUCACUAAAGAGCCCAAGUGCAGCACCAUCACUGUCAACAAUGUCAAAAUGGAAGAUUCUGGAAAAUACAGCAUCUUUGUGCGCAACAAGUAUGGCUGCGAGACAGCUGAUGUGACGGUGAGCGCGUACAAGCUUGGAGAGAAGCCUCCAGCAAACGCUGUGGAGAUGGGCUUUUAGACAGAACAUAUGAUGUACUUAUGUUUAUGUUAUUUAGAAGGUACAAUGCACAUUAAAUAGCAUGCGUAAUGUGCCAGAUAUAACCAUGUGGGCUAGUUUUCAUCAGGUUGAUGGUAAAAAUAUACAACCAACAUAAGGUAUGUAAGUGCAUACACAGACAGUUAAUCGCCGUGCAUGUAUUGGGACAUAUGAACAUGUCACAUACAAUCCCCAGAAUAAAACUCUCUGGGGUGACUCCAUGGAUGUUUGCUUAUUUAACAGGACUGAAACUUUUUAUUUAUCUGUUCCAAAGAUAAAAAAAAAGAAGAUAAAUUUGCAUCAGCUAAGAUCUAUCUCCAUAAACAACUGGGUGACAUUAUCUUACAUCAUCUAUAACUUUGCGAUCAGCUAAUGUUUGCAUAAAUGCAAAAGAAAAACGGAGAGAGCUUCACCUACUGGACUGAGUUAAUUAAUCUAAUGCGUCAUUUGUUUUUGUGUGCAGCAUGAUGAAUAAAGCAAAUGCAGUCAUA